ACCGACAUAUUGAAUUAAAAAAUUCUGAAAUUCGAUCAUAACAAACAUAGAAGCAAGUGCUUCAUUGCCUUCUUCCUUAAGUGAUUAAUAUUUGAUGUCUAAUUUAUAGAUCAUAUCUUUGACAGAAAACGUAACACACUUACUUUUCUUUGUAAUUUAUAUUUUAUAUCUUCAAAAUUUUUUGAAGCUGAAAUUUUUCAAUGGCAGACGAAUCCGAAUCCAAAACUGAGGGUGUGUCUCAAAAAUCAGAGCAGGAAUUGGUAAAAAUCUGCAGACGUCGCUUGGAAAAUUGGAGAGAAAUAUUAAUACAUUGCAGUGCUUUAUUGACAUGGCAUAAACCCUAUUAUCCUGGAAUCAUUGCAGGAAUUGUAUCUGCCAUAUUUUUAAUGCUUUGGUAUUUUGAUCCAUCUGUUUUAACAACUAUAUCAAUUUUUGGUAUCAUCGCAUGCAUAUUGGAUUAUGUUGUUCCUAUGCUUAGUGCUAGUGUCUUUGAUUCAAGCAAAUGGACAGGAACUCAAGAAAAAAAAUAUGAAGAUAUUUGCCAUGGAUUUGUGGAUACAUACAUGAAGAUCAAACAUAUGUGGGAAUCUGUUCGACAGAUAAAGGAGACCAAACCUUAUCUUUAUUUUAUUGGUGUGUUGGGAGCUCUGCUUUUCACUGCAUGGAUUGGCAACUUGAUUAAUAAUCUUUUCCUGACAUAUUUAAUUGUGCUUUUCUUAGCCCUACUGCCUGGCAUCAAAUCUCACAAUGUGAUCCGGGAAAACAUAUCAGUUGUCAUGGGUGUGAUUAAAGGUGUCACUGGGCAAUCGAAGAAGAAAAAAUGAGCCUGCCAAUAAAAGGUCUAUUGGACCCAACAUUCUGCACAUUGAGAUAUUUAAUUUAAAUUAUCUUGCUCAGCCUUCUUCAAUGAACAACUCAUAGUAGAUAUGAAAUGUAGUGAUAUUUUCAUCUUUAUGUAAUCAUAGACUAAGCACUGCUCAUAUGAUCAUUUUGCCAAGCAUUUACCUUACUUGCCAAACAUUUGCAGAUGCUUCGUGCAGAUCCUGUCGGGUUUUGAUGCUUUUGAGCCUAUGAUGUGAGAAUUGAAGGCUAUUUGUCAGUUCUUGUGAGAAAUAUAUACCAUAAUAAAGCUUAGCCUUGUAGUGAUAAAUAAAUAUGGUGUUUCUGCAUAAAUUUCAUUGGAUCAUUGUUUGACAACAUGUAAAUUGCUGGCAUUAUCCAAACUGCUACUUGGAUAGUUUAUUUUCUGUUCUUUUAUUUCUAUGAAUAUUAUAAUGGUUUAUGAAAAAUACAUUUAAAUUAUAAACAUGUUGGAAGAAUAGAUAAUUUAAAGAAUUAAUUUUACUCAAAUUGUUAAAUUUACUGUUUUUGAUCCAUAUAUUCAUUAAAUAAAACUGAUUGAAUAAUGUAGCUUGAUAAUCAAUUACAUGAGAGCUUCUGUGGCAAAAUUCGAGUGGGCUUGAGGAAACUGCCACGAAGCAGGUUUUCAAAUUCUUUUAUGCUUAUAAAGAGAAAAGUCAAUUUGAUUUAGACUAUGUUUCUUUUAAAUUUGCUGAAUUUUUUUAAAUCAAAGAUUAUAUUCUCAUUUUCCUUAAUUAAAUUGCUAGUUUUGGGUGAAACUUAUUUUUUUAGAGAAAAAUUCAUUUGUGUAGAAAAAAAAAAAUUCAAGAAUCCAUGAUUUAUGGUACUGGUAGAAUAGCAAUUACAUUUUUAAAAAAUAUUUUGGGUUUCCACAUGAACCGUAGCAGUGAAAAAAUUGUACAUUUAAUUUUCUCAGUGAUUGUUUGUUAGAUCCACCAGAAUAGUAAUUUUAACAAUUUAGAAUAGAGGUUGUAACUAGAUGUCAGUACAUUUAAAGUAAUUGCCAAUUCAAAUAGUUAGUUUUGAAUAUAUUUUAUAUAUGAGCAUGAUUGUAUUUUUAUUUUUAAUUUUUUAUUCAAUUGGCUGAUGCAGAUUAAUUAAUUUUGCUUAUUAUUAAAAGGCUUUUUUUUGUAUAAAUAUUGUACAAAUUGUUUUUAGUGAAUAGGUCUUCUUUUGUUAGAUUUUAUUUUCAAUCUGUGAUUAUAUUUAAAAAUAUUUAUGAAAUGUUGUUUUUCAUAUGGUUUAAUUUUAUGUUUAAUGUAUGUUUAGAAGAUUUCAAUAAAGCUUUUGAAAUGGAAAUUUUA